AUGAAUACAAUCCGUUCUACUUGGGUUGGCUGGGGCACCCUUUGUGUCGGUAGGUACUUGGAGCUUGGAGAAGCUCGCCUCGAAUUCAAAGACCCCGCCAAUUCUAACUUUCCCCCCUUCACAGCUGGCGGCGGUGCCUACUACUUUGCCAAACAGUCCGUCAAUGCCGAUCGACAAGCUCGGUUUGAAGCCGAUAUGAAGCGCAAGGCGCAACUGAAAGCGAUGGAAAACGAUCACAAGCGGCAAGCCGCCAUGACUGCACCCGCACCGGAUCCGACCGACGACGCCAGCUUGAAACGAGCCAAUAUGACACGAUUCCAAAAUGCGGCGGACGAUGUCGCCUCGCCGAGUGCCGAAGCUUCGCACGACCCGGCCCCGACACGUCAUGAACCUAUGACGGAGAACGAUCGAGUGCUGGAGAAGGGAAAAUAUGAAGCGGCCCAGCCGUACCGUCCUCCUAGCGGGAACCGGUUUAGUUGA